AGGAUUCGGACCUGACGUCCGACAGUUUGGCCAACAUCAUCGUGGCCGACGAUGGCUACGGGGAUGGAAUCCACAUUCCUUCGGUGCUAAUUUCCAAAGAGGAUGGCCGAAAGCUUCUUGCCGCCGUGAGACAACCACAGGUGCAGGUGGUGGUUGAAUUGGCUUGGGAUUUACCCACGGACCACGUGGUGACCAUGGACAUGUGGAUGAGUUCAGCCUCCAUUGAAUCCAACAAGUUCCUUAAGGCAACGGAAGCGGUGUCGAAUCUGUUUCGAGCACUCUUGGCAAAAGAUCUUGGGAAAAGCGGUGUUCUGCCAAAACAGCAUUCACCGUUCGAUUGCGA